AUGCUCUGCCGGCGGGCCUUAUCCAUUUUUCUGCUGGUGGUCGCACCAGUCACCCAAGCAGCCAACCUAUGUUUUUUCCCUGGUGGUAGACAAGCGGCCGAUGUACCAUGUGACCUAAAGGCGCAGGUCAGCAUGUGCUGCGGCUCAGUGGCUGCAUGCCUGUCAAACGGACUAUGCAAAGACGAAAAGACGACAAACGAAACGGGAGUGGCAUAUGCCAGGGGGACAUGCACAGAUCCGACAUGGCAAUCACCAAUAUGUCCACAACACUGCCAGCUGAACCAGGACACACCGAGAAAUAGCUCAGCUUUCGACUUCAGGUUAAAUGGCGUUCAAAUGUGGCAGUGCGAUGCUCAAGGCUAUGGCAACCCGGCAAACUACUGUUGCGAAUCGGCCUCCGAGAAGACGAGAUGCUGCGCCACUCAGUCCGCCGUGUUCAAACUCGCCGCUGCCACUCCUGGCAACGCUCUCGCCAUCCAGACUUAUAUUCCGCCCAUAUCUACAUCCCCGACUCUUCUGACAGCCCCGACGCCCACAUCCGGUCUCGACUCAACCCGCGCGACCAGCACAGGCGGAUCAUCUGCACCGGCCUCUGGGUCAGUUACCUCCAACCAGAACGGACCCCUCGAUCGCAAUGGCCUGAUCGCUGUGGGCGUGGGCGCCGGCCUCGGAGGCGCAGCCCUGGCUUCAAUAGUGGUUAUGUUUCUCGUGAGACGGAUGACGCGUAGGGAACAGAUGAGUCAAGGCUCCGUCGCCAGCAGCCAAAGCGACUACUACUACCAGGGUCCUCCACACGGAUCGCAGGCGGGAGAUGUGGCCAAGUGGCAAACGCUCACGAGGCACGACACGGUCGAGCUAGAUCACAACGCGGGCCAUGCUCGCUACUGGGCCGCCGCGGAAGCCAAGGACUGCAUGGACCCUUACAGGACGCCGCGGAUGGUGACGCCAAACGAAUCCCCCGUCAUGGGCAGGCCGAGCCCAACGGUGCAGUUCGGAGUCGGUCUUGGGCUGGACAAGAGGCCACUGCCGCCGCCGCCGGUGAACACAGAUACAAACCCGCCCCCGGGGAAAAAGCAAAGUAUUUACGAAAUGCCUGGGUGGUGA